CCGCCGCCCAUCUAGCCUUCCUUUUUCGCGUGCCCGAGGGUAGCUUCUCCCAAACCUCCACAAUGUCCGCCCUCGACUCGAUACACAAGGCCGACAACAAGGCACUUGACGUCCUCACCAACAACUCUGUCUUUGGCAAGCUCGAGAGCAUCUACACGGCAUACUCGGAGAAGCGCGAGGCAUUGGGCCUGUCCAACCCCGGCACCAUCGACAACAUCUCCAAGGAAGUCCAGCGCGAUGUCUUCCUCAACAACCUCAGCUUCUCGGGCCUGCGCGCCGACAUGACCAAGGCCUUCAGCGUCGCCCCGCUGUUCCAGGUCUCGCACUCGAUGUCCAUGGGCUCGCAAGGCCUGCCGCCCUACGCAUACGCCGCCCUGUACGGCUCGCCAAAGGUCUUCAUGCAAGCCAACCUCGACAAUGACAUGUCGCUCUCUGGCCGCUUCAACUACCGCUGGACGCCUGGCUUGGUUACCAAGACGAGCGUGCAGGUCGCGCCCGGCGCGCCGCAGAGCAUGCUGCAGAUCGAGAACGACUACACGGGCAACGACUUCAGCGCCUCGAUCAAGACGAUGAACCCCUCAUUGCUCGACGGCGGCCUGACCGGCAUCUUCAUCGGCAGCUACCUGCAGUCGGUGACGCCCAAGCUGGCGCUGGGUGUGGAGGGUGUGUGGCAGCGCGCGGCCAUGACGCACGGCCCAGACUUCCUCAUGAGCUACGCGGCGCGGUACAAGAGCACGGACUGGAUUGCGAGCGCGCAGCUGAUGGCGCAGGGCAGCGUCCAGGCCUCUUACUGGCGGCGGUUGACCGAGAAGGUGGAGGCGGGCGUCGACGUCAAGCUGGAGUUUGCGCCGGGCAUGGCCGCUCUCAUGGGCGGCCCCAGCAAGGAGGGCGUCGCCACCCUCGGCGCCAAGUACGACUUCCGCGCCAGCACGUUCCGCGCCCAGGUCGACAGCAAGGGCAAGCUCGGCUGUCUGCUGGAGAAGCGCGUUGCGCCGCCGGUGCAGCUCACUUUCUCUGGUGAGAUUGACCACGCCAAGCAACAAGCCAAGCUUGGUCUUGCCGUCUCCAUUGAGUCCGCCGACGAGGAGGCCAUGAUGCAGCAGGAGACCGCGGCCUCGGCCCUCGCGUCCACUCCUCCUCCCUUCUAAACGAAUGUCUCUCCUCUCCAGCUAAAAAAGGCUUAAAUGUACACCAUCAUACCAUUCUCUUCGCAACGGGUUGUAUUACCAAUGCUACCUGCAUCGGGCGCGCGCUAUUUUUUGUCCACUGGGUGCUCUUCUUCUUGAUUCCGGCGGGGUUUUUACGGGUCGUCGUUGUUGUUGCGCGGAUAUCUAUGGGGUCGUAGUUGUUCACACACGCACACACCACAGAGGAGCUCUCGAUAGACGCGUG